UCAAAAAAAAAUUCUCAACACAUGAUCAACGUCGCCUUAAUUGACAAGUACGCACACGAUCCCUGCCCCAAAACCCAUUAGACGUUGACUUGGCCUCACUACAAGGCAAGACUUAAAGACUACCGAUGACCAAAACCCAUCUUCCUUGAAACCCCACUCCCACCCCACCGCUCAUACCGGCUCUGAUUAUCCUUUCCCCACCGUUCUCAGUCGAAUUCCAAACCCACAUGUAACCCUCAACACACCCAAGAGGGACAACACCUUUUUCUCAUCAUCUAACCCCCUCUCUAUUUCUCGAAUUCCAAUUCCUUCCUUUCUUUAUUUGUCUCUUUCAAUAUGGAGAAAUCGAUCCAAGCAAUAAUCGUUGCCUCGGCAAGCUUCUUGUUCAUGACAAUUCUCUUCGCUAUGUUGUUCGUCGUCUGUAAACUAAACAAGAAAAGCUGUGAUAGGACCCAAGCCGGUGGGCGGGUCCAAGCCCGUGGGCGGGCCCAAGCCCGUGGGCUUGUCCAAGCCCGCGCGCUCCGCAACCCACCUAAGACCGAGCUCUCCUCCAUCGCCGUCGACGAUAGCGCGGCCUUCGACCCAUCCCUCCGAAUCUCCAUGACCGAGCUCGUCCACGCCACCAAGAACUUCUCCGCCGACCUGAUCGUCGGCGACGGCAGCUUCGGCCUCGUCUACAGGGCUCAGCUCUCCAACGGCUCCACCGUCGCCAUCAAGAGGCUUGACCCAGGCGCUUUCCUUCGGGAGUUUCGGGCCGAGAUGGAGACACUGGGCAAUGUCCAACACCGGAAUAUCGUUAAGUUUCUCGGCUACUGCAUCUCGGGCCCCGAAAGGCUCGUGGUUUACGAGUAUAACGAGAAGGGUAGCCUCGACCAAUGGUUGCAGGACGCGUCAUCGGAGAACGAUGACAUGGCGUCGUUAUCGCAGUGGGGCGUACGGAAACCGUUGCGUUGGGAGACGAGGAUUAAGAUCGUAAAGGGAGUGGCUAGUGCGCUGGCCUACUGCCAUGGGUUGGAGGAGCCCAUUAUUCACAGGAAUAUAAAGGCUAGCAAUGUGUUGUUGGACUCAGAGUUUGAGGCGCAUAUUGCGGAUUUUGGGCUGGCAAGGAGCAUCGACACCUCGCAUUCGCACGUGUCGACACAAGUGGCGGGCACGAUGGGGUACAUGCCGCCGGAGUACAUGGCUGGGCCCAUGGCAGCGACGGUGAAGGGCGACGUAUAUAGUUUCGGUGUAUUAAUGUUGGAGAUUGCGACGGGAAAGAAGCCCAAUUUGCCAACGGUGAUGGACGGGAAACAGGUUUCGCUGGAGGAAUGGGCCAUGAGAAUGGUGGCCCAAAAUCGGCAAAUGGAAAUGGUGGAUGCCAAUAUUUGGAGGGAGGGGCUUGUAGAAGCCAAUGUUAAGGAAUAUUUUGAUAUUGCUGGCCGGUGUACUGUGGAGAGUUCAAGAGACAGGCCAGUUAUGGCUCAGGUUGUUGAAUCAUUGGAUCUAAUUCCAGGGUGAAAUUGCAUUUGUUGGAUUGCUUAGUGAUGGGUCGGUCUGUGAUGUUGUUCAAGUUCUUUCGGGGUGGGGGGGAUGAGAUCUCAAAGAGGUAAGUACAUAGCUUGUUGAGUAAAUUAAGUAGAAAAAAAGAAAAAAGGCAAGUAGGGCUGUUAUACGUAAGCCAAUCCUUGAAAUAUUGUUGGUAUCCAUGGUUUAAAGCCAUUGUCACAUACUAGCAAUGGGGCCUCUAUUACUUUUCAUUACAUUACCAAAAAAAAAAGACCUAUUAUUAAUGGAUGUUUCUUUUUUCUAUUUAAAA